GAAAAAUCAUUGACAAUAAAUUACUUGUCACAUUGUUCAUGAUUUUAACCAAUUAAAUAUUACUCCUACUCCAUAAAAUCUAUUGUUUUUGCUCAUCGGCUGAAGGAAUUCAUUGUCAUGGUAGCUACCAAACUUUAACCGUCUCAGUUCUUUCUGAAGGUUUAAAGAAGUCAUAGAAACAGUGUAAAAAUCAGAUUUAAAAUUUAUAAAGAGUCAAUUUUUUUCAAAUUUACCUCAUGUACAUCUAAGUCAAGGCGAAAAAUCAUUUUUUUUUACUUUUCAUUUUUUUAUUAAUUGAAGUCAAGUUUUAAUGUGUGUUAAUUUAAGAAUCGAAAAUGAUUUCAAGUAUUUUACGAGUCUUACUAACAUCAGUCCUAGUUAAUCUAAGCAAAACAGUUGAAAUAUCUGAACCUAUUGACAUUUUUUCGAAAAAAUUAAACGAUGAAGUUGAAUCGUUAUCAGAAUCUAAUGAACCACAAAGUCGAAAAUAUACAUCUAAUGAUUACAAUGUGUAUUCAACGCUACCGUCUAAUUUGAAUGUAGAGACUUCUACAACAGCAAGUGUUAAGUCAUAUCCAUCGUUGACUACUAACUCGCCGGUGUUUGUUCCUCGCAGUCGAUACAUAAGAACUCCGUACUAUCAUAAUAACAACAAUCAAGAAAUAAGUCUGAAUGACGAACACCCUAGUGGCACAUUAGUGAAUCCUGGAUCACCUAAAUACAAUCAGUAUAACAUUAAUCAUAGACGUCUAAAAAAUUAUGGUCAAUUACCAUUGAUUGAUGCGGACGUAAAUGACGAAGAAGAUCCUAUAAGUUAUGGAAAUACGUAUGAUUAUGGAAGCAGUCCUUUGUAUGAAAAUAUUAGAAAUCCCGAAGGAUGGACUAACGUUGAAAACAUGGCUGGGUGGUACAACGAACCUUAUCGUCACCCGUAUCGACCAAUGCCUAUGGUAGCCGAGAUUCAAAAACCCAGUCCGAAAAUGAGUUUUGAUUUUGGAAAAAUCGGUAUGAUUGCUUUGGCAAAAAUUGGAAUAACAAAACUUAAAGCAUUGGGUUUCAUAAAAGCGUUAUUUCUUAUACUAUUAAAAUUGAAAUUUAUUCUAGUACUGUUGUUAGUUAAAUUUAUAGUGUUAGUUAAAAUGAUGAAGCUUUUGAAAAUACUUCUACUACCAUUACUCUUACCAUUACUGUUACCACUAUUGCUACCUUUACUCUUUCCAUUACUAUUUUCACGACUUUUCCGUUUAUUAACGCUUUUAUCACAGCCAGUAUUAGUUCCUAAUUCUUACAACAGUACAUCUUCUUCUUCAACUGAGAGGAAAAGAAGUCAUUCACUUACAUUUUUGGAUUCCAAUUUAACUGAAUUUGAAAAAGUCAUAGAAUCAGAGAAAUGUAUUGAACGAAUUGCUUGCAGUAUGGCAGGAACGAAUUCUAGUUUUUUGUCUUCGUGGGUUAAUUGGUUACUUAUUAAUGUGUCAAAGUAUAUUCCUAACAAAAAUUUGGAAACAUAUGUAACAACAUUCAAAGAAGUAACGGAUCAUCGUUUACAACAUCAUUUUGACGAUGAUCUAAAACCAGAUUACUGGUCAAAAUGGUGUUUGGAUCAAUAUGAUUGUGCAGAAAGUAAUGAGGCAACCAAUAAACUGGAUCCAUCAAAUAAUAACUAUAUUAUUCAUUAAUAAACAUUUUUAUUGUUGAUGAAUUAAAAUUAUUAUUUAUUAUUAUAUUUUUAAAUAUUAGACAUGUAAUUAUAUAUUUA